AUGUUUUUAACCAAUGUGAGCUUAUCGUACGCUUUUAUUUUGGAGUUUUUAUCCGGAAGUGAAACCCUGGUCUUUGGUCUUCUGCAGCUGACUAGUAGAAGUAGCUGCUGCUCUGUUUUUUUUUUACCUCUUCAUGUGAUAGCUGCCCAAAUGAAAGACAAAGACGCUUAUCAAAGACUAAAUUAUCUUUACCAGGCUGCACAUUGUGUUUUAUCUCAAAACUCAGAAAAUGUGGAGCUGGCGCGUUUCUAUUGCUUCACACAGAGGACCAUUGCAAGACGUUUAGUUCUUAGACAAGAUCCAUCAGUCAAGAGAACAUUAUGCAAGAAGUGCUGCUCACUGCUCAUCCCUGGAGUAACUGCUACAACAAGGCAGCGGAGAAAAAACAGCAAAACUCGCUUUACUGUUGUGAGGUGCCUCAGCUGCGGGCAAAGCAAGACGUUACUGAAUGAUCCAGCUUAUUGUUUGUGGGUAGACCGCCCCGAGGCUCAGAUGGAGCAACAACAGCAGCCAGCGACAGAUCCAGGCCCUUCUCUUAAGAAUCAACUAAAAGACAAAGAGCCUGAUGGAUCAGUGUCUUCCAAACCGAGUGCUGCCCAGAGCACUGCCAGUCUGUAAGAGCAGUUCCCCUCUUCUCACUGUGAAAUAUGAAGGACUGGUAGUUGUCCCAUUUUUGUUGAGAUGAGGAGGUAUAGAUUACCUAAAUGCCUGUGUUUAAGUCAUUUAUUGAUUCAGCAAGUUUUUGAGCUCUGUGAGAUCAGUUUGUGUGAAGUCAGUCUGUUUGUGUCAGUGUCUUCUUUGAUGCCACCAGCAGAUGGCCAAUGUGUUGUGUUCUUCACAUGCUGCAUGUUAAUGAAGAAAUGUCAGUGAAAGUGCUACACUUUUUUUUUUUCUCCAAAAGGGAAAACUUGUUGAUACUAAUGUGUUUAAUGCAAAGAACAGGAAUGGAAUUUUUUAUUAAUUUGCCAUCAAUUUUUUUUAAGCUUAACAUUUUUACAUUUUCUGUGCUGGCAUGUGACUGUUACUCGAGGUCAAAAUCUCUUGGCCGUUAAACAUUUGUUGUCAGAUAUUCCCCUAAAAUAUUGAUUCAAAGAAAAUAAAAAAGUGGUUUCUUUUA